AUGCAGAGAACAGAGGGCGGAGAGAGAGAGAUACGGGCAUUUUCCAACGAUUCUGGACAGAAAACAGUCAAAACCCCCCAUGCGUUAGGAAACCCCAACCCCUGCGGCGACGCCGUUGUCACCCUCUUCUCCGCCGGCGAUAAUGGCGGCGACAAUAGCGGAAAACGGGUGCAGACAGAGGCGGCGGCAAUAGAGACGGUAGCGGAAAUGACGGCGGCAACACAGAAGCGGCACCAUGACGGUCAAGUGCUAGGUAGUAGAAACGCUCCUCCAUUAGGAAACCGCAACCCCGACGGCGGCGAUAACGGCGGCGACGCCAUUGUCAACAUCGGCAAUAACGGCGGAGGCGGAGGCGGAGAUGACGGCGGCGGCGGCGACAGAGGCGACAGAGGCGGUAACAACGGCGGUAACAGCGGCAACAACAGAGGCGGUAACAAACAAGAUAAUGCGCUGUACUCCUUUUUCGUCUGUUCCACCGCUAUUAUGAUGAGCACGUGGACAGGGACAAGAACCCCGAAUAUGAGAGUAGUUAUUACGAACUGUGUUGCUUUUGUUCUGUCCGUUGGCCAUGACGGUCAAGUGUUAGGCGAUAGAAACGCUCCUCCAUUAGGAAACCGCAACCCCGACGGCGGUGAUAACGGCGGCGACGCCAUUGUCAACAUCGGCAAUAACGGCGGAGGCGGAGGCGGAGAUGACGGCGGCGGCGGCGACAGAGGCGACAGAGGCGGUAACAACGGCGGUAACAGCGGCAACAACAGAGGCGGUAACAAACAAGGUGAAAGUCCGAAAACGCUCAGGAUAAUGCGCUAUACUCCUUUUUUCGUCUGUUCCACUGCUAUUAUGAUGGGCACGUGGACGGGGACAAGAACCCCGGAUAUGAGAGUAGUUAUUACGAACUGUGUUGCUUUUGUUCUGUCCGUUGGCCAUGACGGUCAAGUGCUAGGUAGUAGAAACGCUCCUCCAUUAGGAAACCGCAACCCCGACGGCGGUGAUAACGGCGGCGACGCCAUUGUCAACAUCGGCAAUAACGGCGGAGGCGGAGGCGGAGAUGACGGCGGCGGCGACGACAGAGGCGGUAACAACGGUGGUAACAGCGGCAACAACAGAGACGGGUGA